AGUCUCUUCCCCAAUCCAUCUUCACGGCGACGAUUGAAAUUCCCCACUCGUUUCGACAAACGCGUGGCUCACACUCUCUAUCUCUUCAAGAGGCGCCACCCCAUCUCCGAUUCUCCCCCAUCGUCUUCGAUAUUGACGAGAGGACACAAAAAAGCGGAAUCGUCUGAUUCAAUCUAUAAUACUAAGGCUUACUUUCUGUGUUUGUGAGUGUCUUUUCUGCUGGCGGCCGGCGAUGGUGGAGCUUGGUCAAUCAGAUACCGAAGUAUACGCGCCAAAGAAGACCUUACACGUAUGGCGGGCACUGUUGAACUGGUUGGCUUUCUUCUUUCAGAUCUUCGUUCAGAUCAUUAAAGCCACUCCUACCUUGAUUAAUUAUUCUUCUUCUUCGUCUUCGUCGCCGUCUUUUGAGCCUUUGCCCGUCGUUGAAUUGUCUGAAUCUCCCGAAUCUCCGUCACCGUACGCCGCCUCUGCUGUCAAUAUUCCAACUGCCGAUGCCGCCUAUGAUCUUUCGCAAAAGCUCACGGUUGUUCUUGAUUUGGAUGAAACUCUGGUAUGUGCUUAUGAGACUUCCAGUUUACCUGCCAUUGUUCGUAAUCAAGCCAUAGAUGCUGGAUUGGAUUGGUUUGAGCUAGAAUGCCUAUCUUCAGACAAGGAAAGUGAAGGCAAACCCAAAAUCAACUAUGUAACAGUAUUCGAACGUCCUGGAUUGCACGAAUUUCUUACCCAACUCAGUUUAUUUGCUGAUCUUAUUCUAUUCACUGCUGGCCUUGAAGGUUAUGCUAAACCACUUGUUGACAGAAUCGAUGCUGAAAACAGAUUUAGUCGUAGACUUUAUCGCCCUUCAACAAGUUCCACGGAAUACAGGGAACAUGUGAAGGACCUUUCUUGUAUAUCAAGAAACUUCUGCAGAAUUGUGAUUGUAGACAACAAUCCAUUCAGUUUCUUAUUGCAACCAGUGAAUGGAAUCCCAUGCAUACCUUUUUCUGCUGGACAACCACAUGAUAAUCAGCUUCUUGAUGUCAUUCUUCCACUUCUGAAACAACUGUCCGAACAGGGUGAUGUAAGGCCUCUACUCUAUGAAAAGUUUCACAUGCCUGAAUGGUUUCAUAAACAUGGUAUCCCUAAUGGAUGGGUGGGAACACAUGGGUAAACUUGUCAUUUGUACAGAGUAGAAAAAGCUUUUUGAGGCACCUAAACAUGGUGGUUAUUUGUUGGAAGCACCACAUUUUGUAUAGUUUAUCUGUGUAACACACUUGUUUUUGAAGUUAUUUAUUGUUGUAAUUUGGUACAUAGUUUGCUACAAUGGGUGUUAAUUUUUUAUGAUACUAAUUUCGAAGUUCUUUAGUCUUUACACCUA